AUGGGAAAUGAAGACUAUAUAGAUGAAGAAAUGGAUAAAUUACCAAUUGCAUUACAGUAUUUACCGAAAGAGAAACAAAGAGAAGAAGACAUAGAUAUAAGAAAAAUGAUUUUAGAAACAUUAAAUAAACUUUGUUGUAAGAGAGCAUCGCGAGAGAUUCUAAGAGAAAAUGGAGUUUAUUAUGUGUUAAGGGAAUACCAUAAAUGGGAAAAGGAUCCUACUGUACUUCUAGCAUGUGAGAAUGUUGUAGAUAUACUAAUACAGAAGGAGGAAGAAGUUGGGGCUGAAGAUCUUUCCACUGUUGAAGUGCCUGCGGAUAUGUUUGAAAAGUUUGAAAAAAUGGAUGCCAAUUAUAUCAAAUAUACUUAA